GUGCACAAAGUAGAAACCAGGGAGAGUUCCUGAUGCUCCGGGUUCCACAUGGUAGCAGUGAUUUUAAAUGCAGACAGUUUCAGUAUGGGCAACACGCUGAGAGCAAUCAUUGCCUUCAUCCCUUCUGAUGACUGUCAGAAAUAUCUCCUGGGAGACCUUGAAGAGAUGCCAAUUGAUAGAACGGUGGAUCUGAGCAGCAGGCAGCUGAGGAGAUUUCCCUUGCAUGUUUGUUCCUUCAGGGAGCUCGUCAAGCUGUACCUGAGUGACAAUAACCUGCAUCAGCUGCCCCCAGAGCUAGAACAGCUGCAGAACCUCCAGAUCUUGGCGUUAGAUUUCAACAACUUCAAAGCGCUGCCCCUGGUGGUGUGCACCCUGAAGCAGUUGUGCAUCCUCUACCUGGGCAACAACAAGCUCUGCGACCUGCCCCAGGAGCUCAGCCUCCUGCAGAAUCUCAAAACCUUGUGGCUCGAGUCCAACUGCCUGAGCUACCUUCCCGAGGUAGUGUGUGAGCUGAGCCUCCUCAAGACCCUGCACGCCGGCUCCAACGCUCUGUGCACGCUGCCUGCUGGGCUGCGGUGCCUGCAGGAGCUGCGCACCAUCUGGCUCUCCGGCAACCUGCUGGCUGACUUCCCCCCGGUGCUGCUGCACAUGCCCUUCCUGGAGGUGAUCGACGUGGAUCGGAACGCCAUCAGGUCCUUCCCCAGCCUGGCUCACCUCCCCGGCCUCAAGCUGGUGAUCUACGACCACAACCCCUGCAGGAAUGCACCCAAGGUGGCCAAGGGGGUGCGCAGAGUGGGGAGGUGGGCGGAGGAGACCCCCGAGCCCAGGAAGCGCUCUGAGCUGGGCAGGGAGGAGGAGACCGAUGACAAGGAACUGCCACUUCCCCCUGACAAGCAGCCCUAGCCCUGCUAAGGAUCAGCCAGGCAGCUCUUGCUGGUGCUGCCAUGGGCAGCUGGCAAAUUGUCACCUGUGCCCUUCUCCUCUGGCGGCGCGGGAUUAGCGCACCUCUGGCUGGUUACAGCAAAAAUGCCUUUUAAAUAGAGCGUUUCUUCACCUCCUGCUACCUCAGCUGUUAAAUGCACACAAUAGUGCCUAGACUGUUCUUCACAACAGUAUUUUAGAGGCCUGUAUGAUCUCAGUUAGUAGGUGUAGUUAUUUAAAUAGAUGUGCUAUCAAAUUUCUCCCUUAUCCCAAAAGCCUCCUAACUUUGGGCUAAAACCCAGCACUUCCUUUUGUAGGAUGAACAGGUGAAAAAUACUGUAUACAGCCGACCCUUUGAAGUGACGGAACGGAUUUGCAUCUAGCAAAAUCCCUUUUAUUCUAAAUGCCGCUUAAGAAAGCAUGACUGAGUGAGUUUUUCCUUCCCCUGAUCAUGCUGUAGCACUCGUGAGCACUUGCCGCCAUACCCCUUAUGUAGCCUGUAUCAAAAGAAGUGUUUCUCCUGCUAAUGAUUAAAGGGAUCUCAGCAGUUUGUCAAGACUCCCUCUUCUGCCUGGAAAGGGGGUGUAGCAAACAUCUUUUGACUGUCCCCAACUAACACCUAAAAUGACUAGACUAAGCCCGAGAGAGAAUGAGGUUUUUGUUUUACUAUGUGCCUUUGCCAGCACUUUAUGCAGGGUCAUUUCUCCAUUCUGUGGGGUGGGUUUUCACACCUGCAAAAGGAGUUGUUUUGUUUUGUCUUUUGUAAAACUACAAAAAUUGGCAGAGCGUUUUACAGGUGUAAUACCUAAAUAUGGCCCCAAACCUGCAAACACACCUAUGCUUAACUACAGCUAGCCCCGGCCUUCAAUGGGACUACUCCCCUGCUAAUCUUUGCACAACUGAGGCCUGUACUUCUCCCACCACACUUGGAAAUUUACUAAAUUGCAUGUUUUGUGCUAAUGUGCCCUGGGUAACAACGACUGACUCAAAAUGGGUUGAAGUUAUGUUUACUAAGUUAUACUUGCAGAGACUGUUCUUUUGAUUUAUAGUAUUUUUUUAUAUUCAGCACCAAACUUGACAGGUUAAUGGGGUUUCACUGGACCUGAACAGCUACCCGGUCUCUGUCAUCUUAACAGCACAAUACACAAAAAUGACAGUUAAUUUUCUAUAAAAGGUUUGAUUUAGUGACUUUUUAAAGUCAUUUACAUUCUUGAAAGAAUAUUUGGAAAGUAGAAAAUCAGUUAGUACUUGCUGUCUAAUUAACGUGAAAUCUGGGUUUGGAUCUGGCUAGUACCCACCUAAUGUGCUUCCUAUUUAUUAAACUAAUGAAUUGGAGUUGUACUCAAAUGCCUUUAGCAGAGGGAAACUGUAUUGCUCUGGAAUUAACUGGAUUACUUUUCUCAAAGCUUUUGCCAAAUCUUGUUCUGCCAAAUUAACAAUCAUUUCUUUAGUGAAAUAAAGAGAAUAACAUUUGGAUUUUAUAUAUGAAGAUGCACGCCUGCUUCUUGUUUCCACUAGAAUUAAUGUAACUCUUUCCUGUUUGGUCUAAUUGGGGCAUCUUUCCUUUGCUACACAUAUGAAAUCUUAUUACUGGGCAAGAAACUGCAACUUUUUUAUUUUGUACAGCUGUGUAACAUUAAAAUAAGCCCCGGCAGUACUGAUUGUCUAUUUCAGCAAUCUAUAACAGCCCUUUCACUAGUUGCCCUCGGAAGAGCUGUUGAAAUAUUUUAUUCAGCCUUGGGCAUCACUGCCCUUUAGACAUAAUUUAGAUCAGUGGUGUCAAACUUGUGGCCCUUGAGGGUGCUUGAAAAUUAUUUGUGAAUUGAGAGUAUGUUCCCUAAGCCAUACCCCAUAACUU